GUGCAAAAAAACAACAAACAACAACCACUACCACCACCGUCACAACCACCAAGAUGCAUCCCCAGACUUUCUUCACCGCUGCCCUUGGCCUCAUGGCUGCAAGCACUGCCUUGGCCACUCCCAUCAGCCAUGGAAGCCAGGUUGCCACCAUCUCAACCCGAUCUCCCGAGCCCCUGAGCCUUGAUGAUAUCAUCAAUGGAGUCAAGAAGGGCGUUGACAAGCUCAAGGAGAAAUUCGGUGGCGGCAAGAAGGAUCCUGCCCCUGCUCCCGCUCCCACUCCGGACGCCCCCGCGAGCAACUCCACUCUCAGGGUCCGCAUGACCAAGCGCACCCCCGAGCCUCUCGGCAUCGACGACGUGAUCAACGGCGUCAAGGCGGGCGUCGACUUGAUCAAGAGCCUCAAGGGUGGUGACAACGCCGGCAACGGGGAUGCCUCCCAGAGCAAGCUCUCGCAAAUCAUUGCCAAGAUCAAGAGCGGCAUGGAUUCUCUCAAGAACCUCUUCAAGGGCGGCAAGAAGGGUGGCGAUGGAGCGGCAACUCCGGCCCCGGCUCCUACUCCCGGCGGCAACAAGACCACUCCCACUCCCACUCCCGCACCCGGCGCUGGUGGCAGCAAGGGCAACUCCACCGUCCGUGCUGUCCUCCGCAAGCGCGUCGUCUACCUGCACGCUUAAGCAGUGCCAGGAAAAGGUUUCAUUUGUGUUUUUUUCCCAGAGGGAUUACUAGGCGGCAAGUACCGCCACAUUCAAACAUCGGGCUAGUUUCCCAUAUCUUUAGGAUCUGGCAUCUUUGUUCCAUUGUCUUUUGUUUUUUGUCUUAUUUCUUCUUGGCCAGGGGCAGGUAGCAUAUGCUGGAGCAUUGGGUUGGCGAGUGAUUCUCAGGCUUUGUCAUUUUGUGUAUUUUUCUACUCGCGUACAGGUUUGGAUGUCGGGCUCUGAUCGUCUCGGUCUACUGUUUACUUCAUUCUGCCACCUUCGAUUCACGACUUUCCUUAAAUACUAUUGAGAUGACUUAUAUCAUCGUUUGAUGCAAUAUAAAGC